CGCAUGCAUAUGGCAUUAAUCUGGAAAAACAAAAUAAAAUUAUCGACAAUAUGGAUAAAUUUAUAGAGGAAAUGCGAGUUGGCCACAAGUAUAAUGCAAUUCCAGAAGGGAAUUAUAUUAUGCAAUAGAUCCUUGCAAGAAAUGUUUGUUUAUAUACAACAGAAAUAUUCAUCUGAAGAAUUUGAAGUAAACUAUAUACUAACGAGAAGACUGAACCAGGACAUCUUGGAAAAUUUCUUUUCAUUUAUAAGGUCAAUAGGUGGUCCAUAUGAUCACCCUACACAAGUAGAAAUACAAAACUGGUUAAAAUGGUAUAUCUUAGGGAAGCAUUCACAGCACGUAGUUUCACGACACAGAAAUACUGAAGGAGAUACUACUUCUGAAAUAUUGAUUAAUAUGGAAGAUGUAUAUGAUUUAGAGUUUACUGAUUUUGAUGACCCAACAAGUGAGAACAGAGAGUCAGUUAUGCACACUCCACAAUUAAAGGAUGUCACAAACAUUAGAAGUAAAGAAGAAGACGAACAUAGUGAACAAGAAGAAGUUAAUGAUCAAGAGAAACAUCAUCAUCGAUAAGUUUUGCAAGGAUUUCAACAGUAGGACAGCCGAUAUUAAGGAAGGCAUUCCUCUACCAUGUCGUGUAAAAGUAAAGUCAGACAGAUCAUAUGAUUUAGUGAUCCAUAAACCACCAACAACAUACUAUUUGAAACAGGCUGCUGGAAUACAGAAGGGAAGAAUAAAGAAGGGUGAAAUAGCUGGCAAGAUAACUUUAAAACAUUUAUAUGAGAUCGCCAAGAUUAAGAUAGAGGAUCCGCCUAACGCACUGCUGACUUUAGAACAAAUGUGCCAAAUGAUAGUUGGCAUUGCUCGCACAUGUGGCAUCGAGAUUGUGCGUGAAAUAGACCCAGACGAAUAUAGGCAGUUUUUGAAGGAUAGGGAAGCAGUAAUCACAGAGUAUCGUGAACAGCUUCAAUUAGCUAAAGAAAGCAAAAUUCUUAGAACGAACUAAUUUGUAAUAGAAUAUCUAUAAACAUUUGUUUCUACUUGUAAUUAUAUAUGUAUAUAAUAAACAG